CCCACUCAGGUAGCUUCUUCAUCACACGCUCAUCGUCAUCCUCACUCGGCAGCUCCGUCAACACCGAGCGCGGGCUUCGCUUCACCACAACUCCGGAACACAGCAGACUCGCAGCGUGAUGCCCGAGUGUUCGAGUGUUGCUCGCCCAAACCAAGAAGAUGGUCGCCGAGAUCCUGGGGGAGAUGUGGCGGAAGCAGGAGGAGGAGGCGCUCUGGACAAUCUUGGUCUUAAACAGGUCUUCCUGGCCAUGAUGACUCCUCGUCAGGUGACGCGGCCUCUGUCCAGCGGACAGCUGCACGCUCUGAUGCAGCACAAGCAGAAGGCCUUCAUCCUCCACCAGCAUCAUCUCAAAGAGUUUUACAAGAAACAGCAGCAGAUGAACGUGUGCUUGCUUCAGCAGCAGCCGCUCAAAAAAAGCAAAGAGCUCCUUCCACAGCAGCUGGCGCUCCAGCAUCUACUGCACAUCCAGCAGCAGCUUCAUCAACAGCAAUCAGCCCGCCCCCCCGCAGCCGCGAUCAGCUCGGUGGAGUUGAAGGAUGUUUCGAAGGAGAUGACAAAAGGAGGAGCAGCAGCAGCAGCAGAAGAAGAAUCAGAAAAUGCCGUCAAGCGCGAUCACAAAGACGCUGAGAAGAAGACAACAAGCCGUGAGAGUCAAACCUUGAGUCAAGCUGACUUCAGAGAUCCAAAUGUCCUGUACGAUCACGGCGUGUGCAACUGGCCCGGGUGCGAGUCCAGCUGCCAAAACUACAGCCAGUUUAUCACGCACAUGCGCGGCGAGCACACACUGGAUGACAAAAGUGCAGCACAGUGUCGAGUCCAAAUGCAAGUGGUUCAACAGCUGGAGUUUCAGCUGCGCAAGGAACGAGAGCGCUUGCGAGCGAUGACGGCUCACCUUCAGCUGACGCCCGCUGCGGAAUCCCAUUUCGCACCUUUGACGCCUCGUGGCGUGUCUGCCGACUCGCUUUGUCCGCAGGCAAGCUCAGUCGCUUGCGAGCCGCCCUCGCCGAAUCCUCCCCGAUCGCUGGCUCCCGUCGACAGCCCACCGCGGGGGAGACUCUCUCCUACAUCGUGCGCUGGAGCCGUGAGACGUCGCCAUCAUCGGUUGGCCUACUCUACAGAAAAAGAACAUGACCUCUACAAGAACGCUGACAUCAGACCACCUUUCACAUACGCAACCUUAAUAAGACAGGCCAUCGUAGAAUCAGCAGACAUGCAGCUAACGCUCAAUGAGAUCUAUACUUGGUUCACGAGGACCUUCGCCUUUUUCCGCCGCAAUGCCGCCACGUGGAAGAACGCCGUGCGCCACAACCUGAGCCUGCACAGAUGCUUCGUGCGCGUGGAGAACCCGAAAGGCGCCGUGUGGACGGUGGAUGAGGCGGAAUACCAGCGGCGGCGGUCGCAGAAGAUGACGGGGAGUCCACUACUGAUGAGGAGCGCCCACUUUGGAUCGGUUUCGAACGCCCGUUCACAGACGUCAUUUACAGACGCAGCGUCGCCGGGAUUCAUGCACGGAAAUGCCUUCACUUGAACAUGUUACACGCUCACCGCCGAGAACCCGUGACAGAGAACAAUGGCCUACCGAAGCUCGACAGGACUCAAAUCAACGAUGACGACUUGUGACUCCUCCGAUGAGCCAAUCUUUUACGAUUAAACACUGGAUGUGAAAUAUACUCUACAUUAUGUAAUGGUGUCAAUUGUGGUCAUCCCUCUACUUUUUUGAUACUGUUUAUCCUCACAAGGGUCGCGGGUGCCCUGGAGCCUAUCCCAGCUGACUUUGGCCAGAUGCGGGGUACACCCUGGACUGGUCCCCAGUCCCUCACAGGACACAUUAAGACAAGCAUUCCCGCCUAUGGACAAUGUAGAGGCUCCGAUGUUCCGAGCAUGCAUGUGUUUGGGAAUGUGUGAGAAAGUUGGAGCAUCUGAAGAAAACCACCAAAAGCACCGAGAGAACAAGCCAACCCCACACGACUAGCCCAGAGCUGAAAUUCAAACCGAGGGGCUAGCGACUGUGAGGCAGACCACUGAACCACUAAGUCACCCAGUUGCCCUAAAUUGUGGAACCAUCUAAUAAUGAUUGUGCAAUAUGUGUCUCCUUAAUAAACGUCAACAUCAAUUCA